AAAUUAUCUACAACAGUUUAAACAGAAAAUAUUAUUUUUAAACCAUCAAGUACCCAGGGAAUGCUCCUUGUUUUGCUUCAAGAUGUGAUUUUACGCAAACUUUGCGUUAGAAGAAAAUACAAGUGCGUGUACACAAGUGAAUAGCUAUGUUUUUCUACACAAUUUCUCUCCUUCAAGCAGCUCUGUUUCUAGCUAGGAAGUAUGGAGUGGAUGGGACGGAUAUAUUCAUGUUUAGGAAGUAUGGAGUGGAUGGGACGGAUAUAACCUGGGCUGUGGUAGGUUCAGCUUCUCAUCUACCCUGCAACAUUACUCCUCCUCAUAUAGAAGACAGUGUGUAUCUAGUUCUAUGGUAUAAAGAUGAUAACCCUCAACCCGUCUACAGCUAUGAUGCCAGGGGGUCGACCAGCAAACACUGGUCUGAGAACCAUCAGUUCGGUUCAAGAGCUAUUUUUAGGACGAAUAUCACCCCAGCUCAGUUAGUUCUUACAAGUGUACUGAAAUCCGACUCCGGGGUGUACAAGUGCAGAGUAGAUUUUAG